AUGGGCUUCAUCAACACAGUCCGAAUGCGUAAGGAGCCUCACAUAACAGGCGGAGCCAGCCAAUAUGACGAAAAGGAUGAGCCAUCAGACAUCGAGACCGCCACUCCGAGUGACUCGGAUACUUUGAGCCUGGAAGCCAGGAAUGAGAAGGAGGUCCAGCAGCACCCCGAUCGAAUCACGCAACAAGCAGAACUAGGUGUCCAGAAAGCCGAAGCUGCAGCGUUGGUUUGGGGCAAGAAGACUGUAUAUGCAACUUAUGCUUGGAUCUGGCUAUGCUUCUUCAUGCUUGCCUUCCAGCAAUCCAUUCAAGGUACUGCUACCGUCGCUGCAUACGCCAGCUUCUCUACAGCACCUGCAAUCACGACAGCCAGCAUCCUCGCCAACAUCAUAGGAGGCGUCCUCAAGCUACCGAUCGCCAAGACACUGAACUUGUGGGGUCGAGCAGAAGGAUAUUUGGUCUCCUUCGGGGUAUACCUUCUCGGCAUCAUCAUUCUUGCCGCUAGCAAUGGCCCUAGUAGCUAUGCCGCUGGUUACGUGCUGUACUGGAUCGGCUACGAUCAACUCUACCUGAUCAUGGACAUCUUCGUUGCAGACAUCUCCGGUCUGCGCAAUCGCGCCUUCGCUUUCGCCUUUGUCUCGACGCCUUUUAUCUGCACGGCUUUCACAGGUCCAUUGGCAGCGCAAGCAUUCUUGACCACCGGCACCUGGCGAUGGGCACUUGGUGCUUUUGCCAUCAUCCAGCCUUUCCUUUUCAUCCCGCUAGCAAUCGUAUUCAAGUGGCAUCAGAGGAAGGCUGAGAAGAUGGGAUUGUUCAAGCACGAACGCAGUGGACGUUCGAUUGGCGCCUCUGUACUUUACUACAUCCACGAGUUUGAUGUGAUCGGCGCCAUACUCCUCAUCGCCGCGUUCGUGCUCUUCCUCUUGCCGUUCAGCUUGGAGACUUAUGGCAGAGCAGCCUACAACAGUGGGUCCUUUAUUGGCAUGGUCGUCGUUGGCUUCCUUCUCUUCUUCGUCUUCGCGGCCUGGGAGAAGUGGCUCGCUCGUGCUCACUUCAUCCGAUGGGAGCUCUUCCGUCAGCCGACCGUCCUUGGCGCCUGCUGCUUGUCCGCCAUUAUAUAUUACAGCUUCUACUCUUGGGAUCUCAACUACUACAGCUUUGUCAAGGUCGUCUAUGCCCUGCCAAUCUCAGAGGCUAGCUACAUGACGCAGAUCUACAACGUCGGCUCUACCUUCUGGGGAUGUGUCUUUGGCGUAUAUAUCCGCUAUGCUAAGCACUUCAAAUACUUUUGCUUGUUCUUCGGUCUACCACUCAUGAUGCUUGGCGCCGGACUCAUGAUAUACUUCCGAAGCUUCGACCGCGGCAUCGGCUACCUUGUUAUGUGCCAGAUCUUCAUCGCCUUCGGAGGUGGCACUCUUGUCAUUGGUCAGGACAUGGCCGUCAUGUCCGCCUCUGAUCGAUCUGGCGUGCCAAUGAUGCUAUCACUCAUCAGCUUGUCUUCAAGUGUCGGAGGUGCGAUUGGCGAUGCUGUCACUGGAGCCAUCUUCUCCAACACUUUCCCACAAGCACUCGCUCGUGCGCUACCUGAGAAUCUUGCCGGUCAAGCUACUGCUAUUUAUCUCGGCGGCUACACGACACAAGAAAUGUUCAAUCCAGGCACUCCAGCACGCGUGGCGAUCGACUAUGCUUGGGGACAGUACGAAAAGUAUGCCGCCGUCUCCGCUGUGGCUAGUCUGGCGCUUGGGAUUCCAGCAAUAGCUGUAUGGAAGAACUAUCGGGUGGACAAGCAGCAGAAUAAGGGCACCAUGAUUUGA